CAGCGACAAAAGGCUUCUGAUUCACCAACCGCGGUGGUUUGCUAGCGAACAUAAAACCGAAACAUUUAAGAUCUUUAGACCAUUAUUGUGUAUUUUAUGUAUUAUUAAUCUUAGUGUUUAGAACAUCAUUCUGUUUACGUAUCUACUUGUUCAUUUAAACGCAAUUUGCUUAUUACAUUAGCAAAUCUGUUACAUUGGUAUUGCGCUAGGCUAAUGUCCCUGAGCAUUUUUUAUUUUUAUUUAUUUCACCUUUAUUUAACCAAGUAGACUAGUUGAGAACUAGUUCUCAUUUACAACUGCGACCUGGCAUGAGCUCACUAAACUAGACGGAGAAAGAAGCUCUGAUGAAAGGAGAGGAAGAAGCUUUCAGAAUGAAAGAAGAGGAAGAGGAUGCUAUCACAUUGAAAGAAGAGGAUGAUAUUACAGUGAAAGAGGAAGAUGGGAGAGAGGUUGUCAAAGUGGAAGAGGAGGAGGUAGAAGCUUUCAGAAUCAAAAAGGAGGAAGAUGCCGUAACAUUGAAAGAAGAGGAAGAACCUUUUAGAGUAAAAGAGGAAGAGGAGGCUAUCUCAAUAAAAGAGGAGGAAGACGUUUUGGGAGUGAAAAAGGAGGAGGCUGAAGAUCCGAUUAACACCAGAGAGAGACAUGACUAUUGUGGAUCCUCUGGGGAGCCUCAACAACAUCCUGAUGCUGACGAGGCAGAGAAGAGUCUCUCCAGAUCAGAACACCAGAUGGACAACGCUAGCCCUUCCUCCCUCCCGGAGUCCCCGUGUCGUGCCUCUCCCGGUAGCGCAGUACUGCUGGGUAUGAAGAGGUUGUAUGUGCAGCUGGUGGACUGCAGGAAAACAACGGGGCUGAGUGGAACUGUGAGAGGAGGAGAAGAGAAGAAAGGAUCAGAUUUGACACAUCAAAGAGAAAGACCAGACUCAGAGGAACCAGAGCCAGGGACGUCCAAACCAACAAGAAGACACCAGUGUUCCCACUGUGUAAAGUGGUUUAACCAUUUAGGGAACCUGAAACAACAUGAGAGAAUACACACAGGGGAGAAGCCUUACCAUUGCUCCCAAUGUGGAAUGAGUUUCAACCAGCCGGGGGAGCUGAAAUGGCAUGAGAGAAUACACACAGGGGAGAAGCCUUACCACUGCUCCCAUUGUGGGAAGAGUUUUAGCGAUUUAGGGAGCCUGAAAAGACAUGAGAGAAUACACACAGGGGAGAAGCCUUACCACUGCUCCCAUUGUGGGAAGAGUUUUAGCGAUUUAGGGAGCCUGAAAAGACAUGAGAGAAUACACACAGGGGAGAAGCCUUACCACUGCUCCCAGUGCGGGAAGAGUUUUGGCGAUUUAGGGAGCCUGAAAAAGCAUGAGAGAAUACACACAGGGGAGAAGCCUUACCACUGCUCCCAGUGUGGAAAGAGUUUUAACAAUUUAGGGAACCUGAAAAAGCAUGAGAGAAUACACACAGGGGAGAAGCCUUACCACUGCUCCCAGUGUGGGAAGAGUUUUGGCGAUUUAGGGAGCCUGAAAAGGCAUGAGAGAAUACACACAGGGGAGAAGCCUUACCACUGCUCCCAGUGUGGAAAGCAUUUUAACCGGAAAGGACACCUGAACCAACAUGAGAGAAUACACACAGGGGAGAAGCCUUACCACUGCUCCCAAUGUGGAAGGAGUUUCAACCAUCCGGGGGAGCUGAAACGGCAUGAGAGAAUACACACAGGGGACUUGCUGUCUUAUAUUGUUGACUGAUAAUGAUUACCUGUUUUUACCAUAUGAACUUGAAUUGUACAAAGUAUACUAAAACAUAUAUUUGUAUGUUUUUAUUAGAAAACAUGAAUUGAAUAUGGAGUAUGUCAGUUUGAAUAUAGAGUAGGUCAGAUUCCAUGUGUUUAAAUGGUCCUUUUUUAAACUCUGUGUUUGUGUUUAUCUGGGUGUCUUUCCUCAAGCACUACAGAUAUAAAGUGAUAUUUGGAUGUGAUGCAUUUGUUCCGUUGUUUACAUUUGCAAUGUUGGCCCACUGAUGAUUUAAUGAAAUGAAAAUGUUCACAGACUCUGUAAUGCAAAAUGUUAAUUGUAUGUGUCCACAUAUCUGAGUAUGUGACUUGUGGCGGAUGAAUCAGAAUUAGUUGGGUAACAUAGAUAAUUAAGAUGUCUUAUCUGCAUAAUAUGCUGAUGUGAUAUACUUGUUAUUAGAAUGUAUCCCUUCGGACUCUGGUGUUGGCAGUUGCACUUCUUCCCUCAGCUGGGGCUCAGUCACCUGGGGCCCAGAGAGGGGAGAGGUCAGGCUUGUCUUUCACAUGUCCCUGGUGCUAUGCAGAAUAUCAGGAAGGGAAGAGGACAGGAGGGAACAUUGUCUUCAUAUGUGAAUGUAUCUGUUAAACUAUGUGAAGGGAUGGUGUGAUUAAUGGGGAACCAAUUACUGGUUUCCACAAUGUCUGUGCGCAAGUCACUCCCUCCUUUGGCAUUGGGGGGAGGUGUAUGGCAGUGUCUGGAACCAUUGUAUGUCCUCUCUGAUGUUGCACUUAUCCUGGGAUAGUGUAUGACCUAGAGGCUCACUCCCCUCUGUGAGCGUGUCCAGGAGUGGGGUCAAGAAGGGGUUUUACUUGAGAUGGGAGUAUUUAGAGUUGACAAUUGAGUUAUGCCAUUGGAUGAGUUGGUGUUUUUGUGCUAUGAAGUACCAGGAACGAGAUUAGAACCUCGUCUUAGGGACCAAACUGAAUGAUAAAUUAUAGCGAAUGCUAUCUGGCUUCGGGAUACUCCUUUCUCAUUAUAAAGUCUCACUUUGUAAACUGUUCCUAAUAUAUGUGGUUUAUGUCGACUAGGGGGUGGAUCUUUGCUAUAAAAGAUCUCAGUAGCCAUUGUGUUGCCACUCUCAACGGUUCAUUAGAAAUAGUGAAUUGUUGAAAGUCAUUGCAAAGAUCUUAUUAUUAAAGAUGUAGUUUAAGUAUAACUCUGAUUGGUGUGUGAAGUUUGUCUCUCCUCAUUUGGUAAUACAGUAAUUAACCACCACAGACUAACCUUGUGAAACUGACCUAUUAUAAUCUCCUGUUCCUGGGAGUAUCAUCCUGCGUUGCAAACCAGCUGCACCUGCGUCCUUGUAUGAAUAAAGUCCCUCCCAGGAACAGGAAACUAUAAAGAUAUGUGCUCAUCACCCAAUGCUUCAGGAAUUCAGACUGUCUACACUGCGCUGUGUAAUUCUGUUAUUCUCUCUGAGCUCAGAAAUAAAGAAUCUUGGUUUGA